UCAGGCUGGGCAACCCAAACAAUUGGCGAUAUGAUCACACUCACAGCUGAUGCUGCAACGUGUUUAAGAGGAGUUGCAGCGCUCAAAGCAAGAGCUAUGGCCAAUCCGUAUUUUCCAAGAACCCAAAAUUUUCUUCAAGUAAAAGCAGAGCUAUCUGUUGUCACUCCUUCUGGAAGCAAGACACACGGCUGGGCCUCCAUAUAUUCAAAGCAUAGUCAGCUUAUAUUGAGCCUCCGGAAGAAGCAUUUGGGGUUCUUAGCCACCACAAAGGAAUACAAGAUUUUGCAUGUAGAGGAAGAUACAAGGGAAGCUCAUGGAAACCUUUCGAUAAUCCUAAGGAGCCACAGUGGAUACAUCAAGCUCUUGUUCAAAGAUGAAAAUCAAUCUUCUGUCUGGACGACAAGCAUUUCAAAUCUCUUACAGUUGCAUUACUAAGGCUAAGAAAACAUGUGCAGCUUUCAAUAUCUGUAUCUUUUGUGUAAUAUAUGCUGGUGUAUGAAAUCAGAAUUCCAUAAAAAUUAGACCGGACAACCAGUUCUCAUCAAGAGGGCGUA